CCGGCCAAGCUCUCUCCUGCCGACCCCGUCGCCCACGCUGCAGCUGCCGGUGCCGUCCGACUGCAGCAUGUCGGGAGGGUCCGGUUCGGAGAUGAGCACGCCCUGCGUCAGUCCCAAGGGACCGGCUUCACCGUCGCCCAAUAAAUUCUGCCCAGGUUCGUUGAUCCAGCUGGCCAACGGGCAGCUGAAGGCCGUGGAGAACAUGACGGUGGAGGAUUUCGAGCUGAGCGCCGCCCUGUCCAGCAGUCUGCGCGUGGAGUACAGCAUCGUGUCGCGCAUCGAGAAGAGUCCCCUGGGGCAUCUGCGCGCGGAGAAGAAAGAGGACGCCGACGUGGUCAUCUACUUCCGUGUGGGCCAUCUCAGCGCCGAGGUGGCCGUGGAAGCGACCACCGCGCACCCCUUCUUCGUCGUCGGCAAGGGCUGGUCGUCGGCCGCGCCGGCCAGCACGCUGACGCGCUUCGGCCUGAAGGUGGCCUUGUUGGUCGCCGGGGACACCUGCAUUUCGCUGGCGUGCCGCGACGCCAGCCAGUCUUCCAGAAACGUCACAGAUGAAAAUACUCUGGCCGCCGCUUCCGCGUCCAGCGCCGUCCGCGGCCCGGCGGGCGUGGCCAGUGCGCCGUCGCGGCCGGAAGCCACGAAGGUGGACGCGCGCACUACCUUCCCCUUCCAGUACGGGCCCGCGCCCGGCACGGGCGAGCCGCCGCCGGCGCCGGCCAGCAGCCACUCCGGCGUCCCUCCGCUGCUCUUCACCGCCACCGAGUCGGAGCUGGCCUCCUUCCGGCGCUGGUCGGCCCCGGAAGAUGAUCGCUUACUAGAGACGUUUCUCGCGCAUCACUCCCACAUCCCGAAAUGACCGGAUGUGUUUCUCUAUUACGCACGCGGGCAGAAAUGAUCUCGGCGUGCGUCAGUGGUGCUGUGAUGUCGACAACGGCUGUGGAUAAAAAGCUGCACUAAUUGCCGAUAUUGCGAGGAUGAUUGAUUGCUAUUUUUCUAAAAAGGACAUUUACGCGAUUGCUGGGAAUGGUGGAGUUGCCUUGCGUAGAAUAGAAAACGUGUUGAUUGGAAAUUGUUGUGUCUUCGCAUCGUUCACAGCCGAUUCACUCGUUAAGCUAAGAAUAUUCUUCCAGAUAAAUGCCUCAUCUGUUUUCAUUCCGACUUGUUGUUCGGGCAAAAUC